UUGAAAAGUUUUUCUUUUCAGGUAAAAAAAAUUAAUGAAUAGUUUUUGGAAUUUUUAUUAUCUAAUUCUCUUUACUUUAAACAAAAUGGUGGAAAACAAUAUAUUUAGUGUCAAACAUCUUGUCAGAUCAGUGUGAGUCUGUAGAAGUGGGGGAAGCCGAGGUCUAAAUGUUAUCGCUCAGUUUAUUUUUAUUUAUUUGGCAGCUUGGAGUUUUUUCUGUAGCUAAAAAUAAAUGAUCAGAGUUUGAUCCUCCUGUAGUUUUAAGAGUGGACGUUUGGAUCCCGCCUGAGGUUUUCACUGUGUGCAGUUCUGGUGGGUCGCACCUUUUUGAGGUUUCAUGAACGGAGGAGCUGACAAGUCAUCUGGUUGGCUGAGCAUCCUGCUCAAACUGGGGGUUAAACAGUUAAAUCUUGUCAAAACUUUUGCCAAAAGAAAAGAAAAAGCAACAAAACAAACAUUGUUGCUUCACCUCCUUCUCCUCCUCUGGACGUCUCAGACACCAUCUGACCCUGGGAAUGUCUUUAUUAUUUAGCAUUAAUGUGUUCAAAAAAGAAAAACUCUUUUGUUUUAGUGGGCCAUGUGCGUUACAUGCGUGUUCCCUGUAUUUGUGCGACACACACAUGAUGUGUGUUUGAGACGUGGACGUUCUGCAGAUCAGGUUCAGUGAGAGUUUUGUCCACACCCUCCAACAGGACUGGACACUAAAACAGCAGAAAUUUUACACAAAUGAUGCUAAAUAAUAAAGACAUGAAAGCAGAUCCCACCGACGGGAGAUUCCCAGGUUCAGGUCGGACAUCCACAGGACAAGAAGGUGAAGCAACAAUAUUUGCUUAAUUUUUAAUCUUCUGGCAAAAGUUUUGACCAAAUUUAACUGUUUAACCUGCAGCCUGGAUGCGACGCUCAGGAGGAGCAGCAGACGGCGGACAACCAGGUGACCCUCCAGGUUUCCUUUUGUGUACAAAACAAACCCUGAUAAACUGGUGACUCCACCAGAACCGCAUGGUAAACACCUCAGGCAGGUCCAAACGGGCUCUCUUAGAACUGAAGGAGGAAUCAAACUCUGAUCAUUCAUUUAUAGCUUACAGAAAAAGUGCCAAACAUAAAAAUGCUCCACCUUUAAAGUGACUCAUGUUAAGGAGGAGCAACACAGAGACAUUAAAACGUUUCUCUGCAGAAAUGAAAAUAAAAGUUGGUCAAAUUCUGAGCUGCUGUGGAGAAAAUCCUCCGUUUCCUUCAAAGUGACUUUAUGAUUUUCUUCUCAACAGACUGAUACUGAGUUCAGAAAUGUCUUCUGGCAGCAACCUGCGGUCUAAAGAUCAGAUUCUUUGCUCCGUCUGUCUGGAUGUGUUCACUGAUCCAGUCAGCACACCAUGUGGACACAACUUCUGCAAAACCUGCAUCACUCAGGUCUGGGAUGAAAAUGUUUCCUACAAAUGUCCUCUGUGCAACGAGCAUUUCGCCUCCAGGCCUCAGCUGAGAGUCAACACUUUAUUAAGAGAGAUGGUUGAUCAGUUCAGAGGUGAAGCUCAGCAGGAAGCCAGCAGCAGCUCAGAGCAACAAGCUGCCAAACCAGAAGUUCCCUGUGACGUCUGCACUGGACCCAAACUGAAGGCCCUGAAGUCCUGCAUGGUGUGUCUGCUCUCCUACUGCCAGACUCACCUGGAGCCUCACCUGACCGCUCCACGUCUGAAGAAACAUCAGCUGAUGGAGCCGGUGGAGAACCUGGAGGACAGGAUGUGUCUGCAGCACGAUAAACCUCUGGAGCUGUUCUGUAGGACCGACCAGACAUGCGUCUGCUCCCUCUGUCCUGUUUUAGACCACAAGAACCACGAGUUUGUUCCUCUGGGAGAAGAAUCUGAAGGAAAGAAGGCAGAGCUGAGGAAGACGGAGGCUGAAGUUCAGAAGAUGAUCCAGGAGAGACGACUGAAGAUCCAGGAGAUCAGAGAGUCGGUGAAGAUCAGUAAAGAUGCUGCAGACAGAGAGAAAGCUGGAGGUGUUCAGGUCUUCACGGCUCUGAUAGAGUCUGCUGAGAGAGGCCUGAAGGAGAUCCUCAAGGAGAUCCAAGACAAACAGGAAACUACAGAGAAACAGGCUGAAGACUUCAUCAAAGAUCUGGAACAGGAGAUCUCUGAGCUGAAGAAGAGGAGCUCUGAGGUGAAGCAGCUCUCACAGGAUGAAGAUCACCUCCACCUCCUCCAAAGAUUCUCCUCCCUGAAAGAUGCUCCACCCACCAAGACCUGGACAGAGGUCAGAGUUCAUCCACCAUCAUAUGAGGGGACUGUAGUGAGAGCUGUGGCUCAGCUGCAGGAGGAGAUGAAGAGGAUGAUGGAGAUGAAGAGGAUCCAGCAGUUUGCUGUUGAUGUGACUCUGGAUCCUGAUUCAGCUCAUCCUAAACUCAUCCUGUCUGAUGAUGGAAAACAGGUGAAACAUGGAGAUGAGUGGAAGAAUCUUCCAGACAAUCCAGAGAGAUUUUCUUAUUAUGUUAAUGUUUUAGGACAGCAGAGUUUCUCUUCAGGCAGAUUUUACUUUGAGGUUCAGGUUAAAGGAAAGACUGACUGGGAUUUAGGAGUGGCCAGAGAAUCCAUCAACAGGAAGGGAGAAAUCACAGCAAGUCCUCAGAACGGUUUCUGGACUGUUCGGUUGAGAAAUGGAAAUGAGUAUUCAGCUCGUGCUGGACCUGCAGUCCGUCUCCAUCUCCAUCCUGGUCCUCAGAAGGUGGGGGUGUUUGUGGAUUAUCAGGAGGGUCUGGUCUCCUUUUAUGAUGCAGAUGCUGCAGCUCUGAUCUACUCCUUUACUGGCUGCUGCUUCAAGGAGAAACUCUACCCAUACUUCAGUCCCAGCCUAAAUGAUGGAGGUAAAAACUCUGCUCCUCUGAUCAUCUGUCCUGUUAAUCAGGCUGAUCGUUGAUCUGAUAAUGAAGAUGAAGAUGAAGGUGAAUCUGAGUGACUCUGCAGGUGAAGUCCUGCUGCUGGAGAGGAGAGUUUGGAAACAUCCUCAGCAGGAAAUCAGUUAUUUUCUGCUUCUGAUUAGUUAUAAAGUCAAAUCAAAUUGUUUUAUCUCAGAGUUUAUUUCAUUGUUCUACUGAUUGUGUCUUUUGUUUCAUUUUUCUUGUUUUAUUGAUGAUCAGUUUUAAACCUGAUUUGAUGUUUCAACAUGUUCAUCAAAUUCAGCAACAAGGUGAUUUAAAGUGUUUUAGAUAAUUAAAAAUGAAAAGUUAUUUAACACACAAUCAAUUAUUGUAGUUUUACAUUUUGCCAUUGUUACAUUAAAAUGUUGAUUAAUGUUUCAUUUUGUUAAGUGGCUGAUUUUUAAUACUUUAUGUUGAUUGUAGAUUUUUCUACAUUUGCUUUGGCAGUGCUGUGGUCACGUCAACAAAGCAGAUUGUUAAAGUCUUUAUGUGUUUCCUUCAGAGAAAUUAACAGACAUUCUUCCACAGAUAAUAGAGCUAUAUAUAUAGAUCCAUCCUUUCCCAGAGGAAACAUCAGUUCUUUCAGUCUGCAGUGGUUUCACCAGCACUUCUAAAUGUUGCCCAUCAACAUACCAGGACUUUUCUCGUUAGAACAGGUGUUACAUCGAUAUGCUUCCUGACUGCUGCUCUGCUACACAGAGAACAAAACUCAAACAGAAAAACUGGAUACAGAACGAAGCAAAGAACUAGAUGUUUCAUCUAAUUUCAAAUAAUUGGCACUAAUGGAUUUAUUUCUGUAAUGACAUUUUAUUUCAUGUCUUUAUUUUUUUAUGUCAUGAUUUAAUUAAGAACCAGUUUGUUCUUUGAAAUAUCUGUAAUAAAACUAUUGAUCUAUGAAUCAAUAACCAGGUUCUGUUUCCGUGUUUCUUUCUCAUAUAUUUACGACAUUAAAACCCAUCAACCGGCACCGGAACCACCAGCUGGUUUUCCUGUUUUAUUUAAGGGUUUAAACUCUGCCGGAGUUCAUUAUGACGCUUUUAUUGGGCAGCCUACAGCGCCCCCUAUAGAUCGACACCGUAUUCAACCAAUAAUGUUAUGAAAUGGCUGCGAACCGUUAGGGGGAAGGAUGGGAGGCUGAUGGACGGACAGUGAGAGGGGGGAGGAGGUCUGACUGUAUCUGACCCCCCCUGACCCCAGAUAUGCCAUUUUAUUGAUAUAACUGUAAGUAAUUUCCAGUAUCAGUAAUAAUGUGUCUGUGUGAGGAUUCCUCUGGUCGUUCUGCAUGUUGAAGCUCUGAGGAGUUUCAGUCAACAGAAGUUUAUAAAUCAGGUGUUUUAGAGGAAUGGCCCAUUGGACAACAAACUGUACAUCCUCAGAAUUAAACAUGUCCAAAACAACAUUUAUUCUUGUUUUGAAAAAUAAAUGUUUUUAUUUUUCAAAACAAAAAAUCCACGAGCAGAAAACUUUAUUCUACAGAUUUAUUGUAUUUCCAUACAUUCAACACUCGAUGUGCAUUCACAAGAAAUGAAAAUGAAAAAUCUGGGUGAAGUAAAAUUUGUUACAUUUUUUGUGUUACAAACAUAAAAACUACAAACUAUUUAGAGUUAAAGUAUUUUUGACUGAAAAAUAGAAAAUUUAUCUUGUCAUCUUCAUAAAGAGACCAAACUUCUGCAUGAACUCCAAAUGGUUCAAGAACAGCAGCUGAUUUGAUUUGGGUUCAUCUCUUCAGGGGUUUUGGUGAUUUAGGGGGUUAAAGGUUAAAGGUUAAAGGUUAAGAAGUACCAUCACUUGUGUUUUUCCACUUAAAGCACCAGUUUACACAGUAAAUGCCAUGUAAUUGAACUUUUACUGAGAGUUAUCAUUGAUACGGUUUUAUUUCCAUGUUUUAAUGUUUUUCACCAGAAGCUCAAGGUUUAAAUUUGUGUUGUUGUAAAUCUUUUGCCAAACUUGGGAACUAAGAUCAGAAAAUGUGUCACUUCUCCAGGACGUCAGCCAUCAGUCAGCUCUUCAGUUCACAAACCAUAAAAAAACGUUUAUAAUCUGGUGUUAAGAAUAAAUAAUCCUGUGUUUUCCUCCAUAUUCAUACCUGCACUCACAUAGAGCGCAAAGCUAAAGGGAACAUCAUGUUAGGGAACAUCAUGUUAGGGAACGUCAUGUUAGGGAACGUCGUCGUUAGGGAACGUCGUCGUUAGGGAACGUCGUCGUUAGGGAACGUCGUCGUUAGGGAACGUCGUCGUUAGGGAACGUCGUCGUUAGGGAACGUCGUCGUUAGGGAACGUCGUCGUUAGGGAACGUCGUCGUUAGGGAGCAGCUUGGAGGCUAACGGGGAAUUACAAACUGUUGUUUGGUGCAUUUUGCCCUGUUAGCCCAUAAGGACAGCAGGAACAACAGGCCAGCUGUAUUUUAGUCUUAAUAAAUGGAAUUCAUGAAUUCAACUCUCUGACUCUUCUUCAACCUCACACAUCAAGAACCUAAUGGACAGAAGAUAAUUGUCCACACUGGAGAUCUCUCUCUGUCUGCUGUGGAGAUAAAUCCACACACAGUGAAAAGCUCAGAUAAAGUCCAAACAGCAGCUCCUACAACUCCAGAGGAUCAAACUCCACUCAUUCAUUUAGCUGACAGAAAAAGCUCCACGCUGCAAAGUAAACAAAAAUAAACUGACCAACGAGAUUCAGGCUUUGUUGUACCAACCUCACAGACUCACACUGAUCAGCACUUUGUACAAGAUGUUUGGCACUAAAAAUACUUUUUCUCCAUGAUUUUGUUAAAAGCCAAGAGGAUUAGAUAAUAGAAAUCCAAACACUCUUGUUUUCUUUUUUUACUUAAAGGAAAACCUCUUAGCUAAACAAGUUAUUUUAAACAUUUUUAUAAUUCAUUUUUAUUUAAAUUCUAGAUUAUAAACAAAUGGUAUUACUCCACUGUAAAAACAUUUAAUUAAACAUAUUUCUUUGGCAGCGCUCCCUGAUACAGCUGCUGUUUUUAGAACUGGCUCUGCAGGCCAGCAGGUGUCACCGUGUUGCUGCUUCACACCUGCAGACGAUCGU